CCGCUUUCACCAAUCAAAUCAAAGCAAACAACGUAUCUUCAGUUUUGUUCGCCUCACAUCCACAGAAAAUCCGCAAAAACAGCGCAGCAACCUUCUGGCUCGAACGGUACAUCUCGUCAUUGGUCAUGUUCCAUUGAAACUUCGAUUUGCCUUCGUGUAUCCUACCUUUCUUCCCUUGUGCAGCAGGGCAGCUAUCUCAUUUUUCUUUUGUGCCGAUAAGCAACAAAGACAUCGGAGCACCUCUGCUACGCUGUUUCGGUCUUUUGAGAGACGCCGACACAAAAAAGAAAUCCCUAUCAAACAACCAAACUUCGAAGCACCUUCGAGCAGGUAUCCACAAUGGCGCUACUCCGUCACCAUCAUUCAUCCAUGGCAUUGCUGUUAGCCUCAGCAGCAUUCCUGUCAUCCAUGAUCUGUCCAACCCUGGGAGCAACGGAUUUCAUUGACUGCAACACUCCCUGCAAUGGUGGAGAUGUCAACUACGAACUGACGGCCAGCAUUCGCAUCAUGGAUUUGAUGAACUACACCUACAAGGGACGGACAUACAGUCGAGAGGGUGAUGAUACAUUCAUGGGUCCUACCAUGCACGUGGCUCCUGGUCAAUCCUUGUGGAUCAAAUUUCGCAAUGAAAUGAAACCCGACCUGCAACCCAAACAGGUGGAGAUUGAAGAUUACUGGGAAAUGCUAAAGAAACCAGGCGAGAAAAUCAAAUACCAAUACUACAAAGAACCCGUGGCAAAACCAGAACUCAUGAAGGUGGAUCAUCCCAACAUCCCACAUAACUUUGAUUCUACCAACUUGCAUCUUCAUGGUUUGGAUGUUGAAGUUCACAUGUUUGAUCCCGUCAACACCCACAAUCCCGAUGCCCCACACAUCUCCAUCGAUCCAGGACAAUGCUACUGCUAUAGAUUCAACGUCCCACAUCACCAUCCAGGGGGCUUGUACUGGUACCAUCCUCAUUUGCAUGGUUCUGCAGCAGUCCAAAUGUGGGGUGGUAUGCUAGGAUUACUUUAUGUUGAUGGUCCCCUGGAGGACGAAAUGGAAGCCUACGGCAUUUCAAAUGUCCACGAGUUUGUUAUUUGGGAUCCUGCCUUGCGUGCUGUGAACAAUGAACCAACGCACAACCUGGAAGUGGACCGCUUCUUGAUGGGACAGACCACACUCAGUAAAAUUCACCCCUUCUUGGUCAAUGGGCAAUACAACCCAACCUUGACCACUGCUGUUGGACAAGUCUUGUGGCUAAGAGCCUUGUGUGCCACUGUGGAAAAUGAAAACACUUUUAUGGUCUAUCGCCAGGGGGAAGAAGAUCAACCUUGGGAUGAUGCUGCCAUUCCAUUUUGGGUUGUAGCCAGUGAUGGGGUAACAUACCAGAAACCACAACGCAAGCGUAUCAUUGUCAUGGCUGGGGCACAACGAGAAGAGAUUCUACUACAGUUUGAUGAACCAGGGACCUACGUGAUCAGCCAACAAGGCAUUCAAGGACUGCAAUUCUUUGACAUGUACGGCCAUCCACAUGAUCAAACAUUGGCUACCAUUGUCGUUCAUGAAGAAGAGGAUGACAAAUCAAAGCUUCACCCUACCAAACCCAUUGCUGACAUGCAAUUCACUCCGGGAUACCACCCAGAUGAAGACAUCCAAGCCAAGGAAAUCACCAGGACUGAAACCAUUGUCUACUCGAUGGGUGCAAACCGGGAUCAGGCUCCCUUCCCACAGUACUAUGUCAAUGGCAAACCCUUUGCUCCUAACCGGCUUGACUUCUUUGCUCAUCCUGGUGAAGCUGUUGAAUACAUUCUCAUCAAUGGGAAUCACAAUGUGCAUCCCUUUCAUAUUCAUGUCAAUCGAUUUCAAGUCCAAGAGAUGGGAUCAGAAUUGUCUACUGAAACCUAUCCAGUCUUGAAGCAUGUCAUGGAAUUUGAACCUAGUGUUUGGAGGGAUACAGUUGUUAUCCCUCCCAAUGGCCGAGCUAGGAUCUGGGUUCAAUACAAGAAUUAUACUGGCAAGACAGUCUUUCAUUGUCACUUUCUGGCCCACGAAGAUACUGGCAUGAUGUCUACUCUCUUUAUUGGACCUCCAGAUUAUGUUUUUCGACUAGAGGAGCAUUUGCCCCUUCUUAUGGGUGUGGCUGUGGGAAUGAUGUUGACUUUGGUUGCCCUCGUGGUUUUGGUGAGCUGCAGACGCGGAGAACCAAAGGCAGUGUACGAGCCUGUUGCAACCAUGAAUGAACUCAAGGCCAAGGCACAGGAUUAACAACUGUCCCAACAAUGAUUAGACCAGCCAUUCAAUGAGUGACCAGAUCACCUGAAACUAGUGUGAGUCACCAUAUUGACCAGCCAACAAAGUACAGCUGCAGGUCACUGGAUCUGCUAUAGAUAUAGAUACUUUGUUUUAUUGUCAAAACGAAUCAUGUCACCUAACGGAUGGCUUGCCAAAGCGACCUC